AUGAGCGUUACUAAAGCGACCGCCGGGGCUUUGUGCCUCUCCUCGGCCACUCUCAUCCUCUCGCUAUACGCCAUCUUCUCCAUUUACUCCGAUGUUCAGUCGAUUUGGUCGCAACUCGACCAAGAAAUGGAUCAAUUCAAGGUACCGUAUCCUCUUUCCACUCGACACCUCUCUUGUAAACUUUUUAGGUGACCACUGACGAUCUGUGGACCCAAAUGCUGGGUCUCGGAGCCGCCACCGUCUCGAACCGUCAACGCCGUCAGGGCAAGGAACAGUACGGAGGCUACGAAGCCCAGGGAGUCAAUCCAGGACCCACGUGCUCUUGCAACUCUGGAAACGGAAACGGAGACGAUGCGCUCGGAACCGGAGGCUGCCCAGCCGGUCCCCCAGGACCAGGCGGAGCCCCAGGACCCGACGGAAUCUCCGGAAUCGACGGACAGGACGGAUUCCCUGGAGAGAACGCCGAAGACUCGCAGAACGCUCCAUUCGUCGGAUGCAUCACUUGUGCUCCUGGAAAACCGGGAGCUCCAGGAGAGCGCGGAAAGCCAGGACUGCGCGGAAUGCGCGGACCACGUGGAACCCCAGGAUCUCCAGGAUCUGACGGAUAUCCAGGCCGUCCGGGAGAGAUGGGACCACCAGGAGCGCCGGGAGAGGACGGAAAGCCGGGAUCCAACGGAGAGAAAGGAAACGAUGUCGAGCAACCGACACCAAGAAAAGGACCACGUGGACCACCGGGAGAUUCCGGACCACCAGGACCAGAGGGAGACGCCGGAAAGGACGGUCCAGUUGGAGCCGAGGGAGCACCAGGACCAGACGGAAUCAACGGAUUCCAAGGACCAGGAGGUCCACCAGGAGAGGAAGGAAAGCCGGGAGAGGCCGGAAAGAUCGGAGACGACGCCGCCUACUGCCCGUGCCCAGACAGAAACGCUCCAAAGGUUGUUUGAAGUGAUUUCCUUCGUAAUGCUUCUAAACUCUCAAUUCCAGGAGAACCCCUACGCUUCCGCUCCAUCGCACAAUCCGUCGAACGCCCCAGGAGCGAGCUUUUCCGCCGGAACCGGUGGAUACUCUGGCGGCACCGGACACGCCCAGAACACCUACGGAAAGAAGUAG